GAUAAAGUCUUAUAUGCACUGAAAUUUUGAAUGUACAUAUAUUUGAAACCAUUUUCUAAGCCUAGCAAAAAUACAACUCUGGGCAUUAUGGGUCAAACUUUUUUCUGUUGUUGUAACACAGUGGAGUUUAUUCAGUGAAUGGUACAAAAAUUAUUAAUAUUUACAACCCUAAAUGCCCAGAGUUGCAAUUUUGCCACGUUUUUCCAAAUUAUACCUUGAUGCAACUUUGGCCUAUACAAAAUAUUUUUUAUAACUAAUGGCUUCCUAAAGAGAUAUAUAUGGUGCCCUAAUGUCAUGAAUAUCAAUGCCUGUGUCUCCCAGGAUUAAAAAGCAACUUUAAAUCUGACAGAAUAAUAAACCCUUUUUGUGUGUGUAUGCCUAUUAGCAUAUUCAGACGAAAGCGCCGGGCAAAAAAAUCACUGGCCAGUCUUCUUAGUGAUGUGAGCCAAUCGUGCCAAUCCUGGCUGGAAGGAAAUGUAUUUGGAAGAUCUGUCCCCAUCACCCCAUUCCAAUCAUCAUCAUGGGAGGAGCUGGAAAACAGCUAUGAGACAAACACACCCAUCAGCUUCACCUAUGAUCCCACAGGUCCUAUUUCCUCCCCUGAUAAAGUGCCUCCUCAGACUCAGUUAGAAGAGGAGGAGCCUCCAUGUGAGUCAUGCUCCGCCCAUGAACAAUUCAGCCAACCAGUGAGUGGCCUCCUAGAUGUUCCUCCCCCAUCCAUGUGUCAACUCAAUAGUUACAGCUCAUCCAGCAAGACAUCAGAAACUGUACUCAUGAAAGUCCUUCUCCUCAUCCUUACUUUGUGCCUCUGCAUUGCCAUCUCCUCUGGGUGGCUGCUGGGAGGUGUUUCUGCAGCAGUGGCAUUCAUGGUUCUGCUUUCAUCUAUAUGUAUGUCUAAACCUGGAACCGCAGUGCGCUGGAGGAGAGCAAAAACUGAGGACAUCACCUCCAGAAACGAGUGAGGAGGAAUCACACACACACACACUUACACACAUCUGUGUGAAGUCUGUCCAGAGGAAGUGAGUUUGUGGACACACAUCCUGCAUCAGAGUUAAAUAUUAGUUGUAGAUCAGUUUUUGUAGUGGUGUUUUCACUGAUCAGCUAAAGAGUUCUGAAUAUAAUAACUACUGAAGAGUAAGAGUGACGGAACAAGUGAUGGCAGAUGACUGUCACAGGAAAUUUUACGUGCUAAGAUAAGCAUGCAUUUUUAAAAUAGAUGGACAUAUCAAUGCAGAAUGACCAUUCAGUAAAUGUUUAAGAAUUUGAUCAAUGUUCCUAAAGGAAAGACUGGAUUGCAUUAUGAGUCAGUGGAGAUGCCCUGCAUGACACAGCAUAGCGAAAUGCAUCAGCUUGGCUUGGUUAGACUCUUCAACAUGGUGACCAGGGCAUUAUGUGUUAUUGCCCAGCUUGUUUAGUCAGAUUAUCAGAUUAUAAAAAAUAAAACUUACUGCAAAACAUAGUUUAAUAUAAUGGCUUUGCAGGAAAUCUUUAACUUUUGAUAAGUUGUAGCAAAGGAAAUGCCAGCUUAACUUUGCACAGAUGCCUCAUAUUUGUCAAGUGCCUUUGUUAUACGAAACAGGAGGAGUGUUAUUGCCAUUUGCCUGGGUAAAAGUCACACAUCCAUGCUGUGUGAUUUAAGAGGGCUGAAAUUUUAAGCACAGAGUGCUGCUAAUAGGAGCGCAAUAAUUAGAUUUUUUAUAAAAACCUUGCACUUACAAUAGGAUUUAAAGCUGUUGUUUUUGAACAUUGUUUGCAGGGAAUUAGUGCUGCCAAAGAAGAACAUGUUCUCGAUUUACUGUAUAAUAAGUAUAUAAUUUUGUCGCAUUCGUACAAGGCAGCUGCUCUCACAGAAAGUUAAGCUUAACUGUGAGUAAAAAGCAGUGUCUAUACAACAUGACCAAAAUGCAUGAACUUAUAUCCUCUGAAGGGAAUGGCUAGCUUCUGAUGUUUUUAUUAGGAUGAUGAAAACUUUUUUUUUUUUUUACACAAAGAUUCAAAGUUUGUAGACAGUGGAGUUUUUUAAAGGCAGCUCUGUUUUGAAGAGAACAAAGAGAUUCAUGAGGAAACAAAAGCAAAGCAAGGAUAAAAUUAAGUGUUUAAAGUAGUCGACUCUCAAUUUUAGAGGUUUAAAACUAGAAAUCUGAACGCAAACAUGUUUGAGACCAAGCCAAGGUGAAUAAGUGAAUUAUUAAAAUGCAUUUAUCUUAGCCAAUAGAUAUCUAAUGUGUUUAUAUGAACUGUACUGUCUUUGGUGUUUACUGUAAAUGCUUUUGUAGCACCCGUGAGCAAUGAAUCAAGAAUUAAUAUAUAUCUAUAAAAUAGUCAAUAUUUACUGUAAAAUGUUCUGUAGAAUAUGUAUCAUUAUUAGGGGUCAAGCACAGAAAGUUUAAAGGUGAGGAUGCUGAAUGGAUUUAAGCUGUUUCUGGCAAAACCAUACAUGGCCAUGUAAUAUUAAAGGGCUGAAGACGCCACUUAUUGGGCAAAAGUUAUAAGUAAUUCUAUUUAUGGACUUCAAAGUGCUUGUCCUUAAAUCCUUACCAGCAAUGCUAUGUCCAAUCAGAUUUACAAAUCAUUAAAAUAAGGUUUUUGGUCCGUAAAUGCUGCUUGCAGCUAUAUUUAUAAUAAUUAUUAUUGUUAAUACAACAAUCAGUUAGAUGAGGGAUAUAAUCAAUUAGUCCAUUGUAUCCCUUCGGAAAUGGGAUAAAAAAUGUUGAAAAAAAUACAGAAAAGAAAGAAAUGUGUUUUUAUUUAUUCAUAUUUUUCAAAUUAUAGAAUUAAUAAACCACUGGGUACAGAGUUAAAAGGCAGGAUUUUUCCAAUAUGGCUGCUUUAAACCAUUGACAUUAUGAUUGGAUGUAAUUUCAUGCCAAAGCAUGUAGUAAAAUUAAGAUGGAAGUGCAAAAAGCACAUUCUCCACAUUCUCCUGUACUAAACAAGCCUCGUAAUGUGUUCACUGAUCAGUAAUCUGUUACAGAAUUCAGUGAGGCAAAUUAUAUAAAAUUAUUUCCCUGCCUUUGAACUGAUGACUGCAGUGAACCUGUAACUGCAUUUAACAAUCGAAGAGAUAAAGAUUACUGUAAAUAGUAAAAACUUUAGUUAUUAUGUAUUAUUCCACUGCAUGUUGAAAGUAAAAUGUGAAGUGUAUGUGGUUCAUGUAAAAUAUAAUCUUAUUUUAUAGAUUAUAAUCUUAUGUAAUUUGCACAAACAUAAUUUGCCAUGUUAGAAAGUAUU